UUUCUUCUCACCUAUCAUUAGUGAAUCGGAAACCGAGAUAAAAUGCAGACCUCAAGAAACACCCCAGCAAUUUUUCUAUGCUGCUUAGUUCUUCUAGGCCCAAUGAUGGAUAUGGCCUUGUCUUUUAACUUGGAGAAAGCUGUUCAAUGCGCUGAAAUUCUCGCAAUAGCCGGUGGUGCUGGCUUGACCUCCGCUCCACCAAUUGCUAAGAAAUUCAUAGGCUGCACUGGUUUCAAGGCCACAAAAACCAAAUCGCUCGAUGAGACAGAUGUGUUCUUGUUGAUCGGCAGUCUUGUCCAAAAAUCAAUUGCAAACCCAUCGUGCGUUAUGUCUGCACUUUCUGAGGUUAAAAAGGUGGUAGCUCCGCAUGUCACUAAAUUUAUUGCAGCCAAAUGUAUAAACUAAUAAAUACAACUGACUGAUCA